AUGAGAAGUGACUUCGCUGCGGUCCUGACAGCAGCUUUCCUACUCGACUCAUUCUGGAGGAAUAAUGGGGAGCCUGCCUCUGUUGCUCCCUGUCGACCCGGCUUCUCACAGAGCUUUUAUUCUGUGCUGAUUUCAAGGGAUGUACUGCAAGGACAGGGCAUACUUAAAGGUGCAACGUUAGCGUCACAAACAGUGAAGUUUGAUGACUGCAUGGGGAACGAAGCUGUGGUUUUCCAGAGCAGUGACCCCGUCUUCAGCGUGCGGACAGACGGGUCCGUCUAUGCCCGGGAGGAAGGAGCCAGCCUGGAUGAGCCGGUCCGGUUCAAACUGACAGCGAGCGGCCCACACACGCACGCCUGGGAGGCGGUGGUUCAACUCUCGCUGACCAGCUCGCCAUCAGCCCAGCAAAACGAAGAUGAGGUCACAGAAAAAGGAAGGAAAGUCACGGAGCGGAAGGGAAAGAUGGACGCACCACCUCCUGUCAUCCUAUUCUCAGGGUCCGGCCUCAACGGGACCAAAGGUCUGAGGAGACAGAAGAGGGAUUGGGUAAUCCCACCAAUCAACGUGGCGGAAAACUCCCGAGGGCCGUUUCCUCAAAUGCUCGUCAGCAUUCGCUCAGACCAGGACCAGGACAUUUCCAUUCGGUACAGCAUCACCGGUGUGGGAGCCGAUCAGCCACCCAAUGAAGUGUUCAGUAUUGAUCCUGAGAUCGGAAAGAUGUUUGUCACAAAACCUCUGGAUCGUGAACAUCGAUCCUCUUAUCACCUGCGAGCUCAUGCAGUAGAUAUGAACGGGAACCAGGUGGAGAAUCCCAUCGAUCUCUACAUCUUCGUCAUUGACAUGAACGACAACAGACCGGAGUUUAAAAACCAGGUGUACAACGGCUCUGUGGACGAAGGUUCUAGGCCAGGAACAUAUGUGAUGCACCUGUCAGCAUUUGACGCAGACGACAACACCACGGCGAAUGGAAUGGUCCGCUACCGGAUAUUGUCCCAAACUCCGCACAGCCCUAUUCCGAAUAUGUUCACCAUCAACAGUGAGACCGGGGACAUCGUGACGGUGGCCCCUGGACUUGAUCGUGAGAAAGUGUCCCAGUAUACUAUUAUCGUGCAAGCGACGGACAUGGAGGGAAAUCUGAACUUUGGCCUAUCCAACACAGCCACCGCCAUCAUCACCGUUACGGACAUCAAUGACAACCCUCCCAUGCUGACCUCCAGAACUUUUUCCGGUGAGGUCCCCGAAAACCGAGUGGAUCUCGUGGUGGCGAACCUGACAGUUAUCGAUGCAGACCAACCACACUCGCCUAACUGGAACGCCAUCUACAGGAUCAUAAGCGGAGACCCAUCGGGACACUUCACCAUCCGCACGGAUCCCAUUUCCAAUGACGGCAUGGUUACUGUGGUAAAGCCGGUCGACUUUGAGAUGAACCGUGCCUUCAUGUUGACGGUGGUGGUGUCUAAUCAAGCACAUCUGGCCAGUGGCAUCCAGUCUUCACUGCAGUCAACCGCUGGAGUUACUAUAUCCGUCCAGGACGUCAAUGAACCCCCGUACUUCCCCACAAACCCAAAGCACAUCCGGUUCGAGGAAGGUGUUCCUGCGGGGACCAGCCUGACGACGUUCUCAGCCUCGGAUCCCGAUCGUCUGCAAAUGCAGCAGAUAAUAAGAUAUUUAAAGCUGAAUGAUCCUGCAGACUGGUUGUCCAUCAACGGAACCAACGGUCAAAUAAUAACGACGGCAAUACUUGAUCGGGAAUCUGUCUACGUGAAGAACAAUGUAUAUGAGGCCACAUUCUUGGCCAUAGACAACGGCUCUCCUGAAGCCAGCGGCACAGGCACUCUGCAGAUCUCUCUGAUAGAUAUUAAUGACAACCCCCCAGCACUCGUUCCCAGGGAGUCUCAGAUCUGCGAGAGGAUGAACAAGAAUGUCAACGGUGUCAACAUCACCGCCGCAGAUGCCGACACAGACCCAAACGCCGGACCUUUUGUCUUUGAGCUGCCCAACUACCCCACCAGCAUCAGACGCAACUGGACCAUUUCACGGAUAAGUGGUGAUUAUGCCCGUCUGUCUCUGAGAUACCAAGUGUAUUUGGAGCCGGGAAUGUACGAGGUCCCCAUAGUCGUGUCGGACUCGGGGAACCCCCCCUUGUCUAACCGCUCGGUCAUCAAAGUGAAGGUUUGCCCGUGUGAUGAACACGGAGACUGCACCACGCUUGGGGCGGUGGCCGCCGCUGGUUUGGGAACCGGAGCCAUCAUUUCCAUCCUCAUCUGCAUCAUCAUACUGCUCUGUAUGGUGCUGCUGUUUGUGGUGUGGAUCAAGCGCAGAGAGAAGGAGAGGCAGACGAAGCAGCUGCUCAUUGACCCCGAAGACGACGUGAGGGACAACAUCCUCAAAUAUGAUGAAGAGGGCGGAGGAGAGGAAGACCAAGACUACGACUUGAGCCAGCUGCAGCAGCCCGACUCUUUAGACCACAUCAUCAGCAAGCCGCCUGGCGUCCGCAGAGUGGAUGAGCGUCCCAUCAUCCCUGAAUCCCAGUACCCCAUCAGACCCGUCGUGCCCCACCCUGGAGACAUCGGGGACUUCAUCCACGAGGGCCUGAGAGCGGCAGACAACGACCCCACGGCGCCCCCCUACGACUCCCUGCUGGUGUUUGACUACGAGGGCAGCGGCUCCACAGCCGGCUCCGUCAGCUCCCUCAACUCGUCCAGCACGGGGGACCAGGACUAUGACUACCUCAACGACUGGGGCCCCCGCUUCAAGAAGCUGGCUGACAUGUACGGAGGCGGGGCCGACGAUUAAAGGCGCCCUGACUCACACAAACGCGCACCCUCGUCCCGUCAGCCGGCCUGCCAUGUUCCUACGACACCCCCAACAGACGAUGUUUGCAAACCGACCAAUCAGACGCCCCGUCACACAGGACCAGUGUGGCCACAUCUCCACUGAAAGCUCUCAUUCACAGUGUGCAUUCUCCAACGUCUGUGCUUUGGUUUCCCUUCAGUUUGCUGCUGGAUGUGAGCUUAAGUACCUAAAAUGUUUGCUUUUCCUUCAGUUUCUUCAAAAAUGUCUUGUUCUGUUUUUUUUUUCUUUUCUUUCAAAGCAUUUCCUUAUUUCCCCCUCGCUCGCUCCCAGCCCCUCUUUUGCCACUCCAAAGAAGCUUUGCAUCUGAGCAGCUUGAUUUGUCUGAGGCAAACAAAAGGGGAAUAAAGAAGAACACUAACAUGAAAGUCCCUGACCCUUUAAAUCCUCCCUUUGGUUUCUCCAGUCCUGUGGUAGAGCUGCGGGGAAUGACAGUGCUGGAUUUUCGAGGGGCAGUAACCGGCUAAGAGGGCCCUUCGUGCAGACAGACGGAACAUAGGCCUUUCAGUUUGUGGGCAAAUCAUCACGUUUUCAUAUCCGCACUUCUAGAUUACGGUGGACUUGAUUGCUGUGAUCACAGCUAUAUGCGAGGCUGUCUGACAGAAGAAAUGCAUUCUGGGUCUUUGUUUCGUGUGUGGCAGCUGUGUUUGUUUGGAGUUAUCUGUGUUUGCACCUAAACAUUUGAAUUUGACGAUUGACAAGUCGCAUGUGUUUCCUCUGAAGUGUUCAUUGAAGGAAGUGAUCAUUUAUACGGCAGGAAAUAAGAAAAGGAGGAGCGGUUUCAUUUACACUGACCGAGCUAAACUCGUUCCAGAAUCUCUCUGAGUCUCUUCUUUUUAAUUUACUCCUUUGUUGACUCAAGUCUGCUCGACAACAAAUGAAAUGUGCUCGGCUCUGCCACAGACGAGCAACUGAUCCUCAGCCAGGAACCUCGCGCUGCCAGAAUCCGUUUCGGAAGUUUUUGAUUGAUCUGAAGGAUAAAAGUUUAGUUUUAUGCAUCAAGUUCAAGAGCUUUUGAAGGCAACGUUACAGGAGUAGAGAGUCUAUGUGAAGUUCUUUGAUGCAAAACAGGCAAAAAUGUUGCAGUUUUGUCAGCUUUUUGCUUGACAGACAUUUUUGAAAGAGCGUUUUGGUUCAGAUUUACCCCAAAGGAGAACUACAUAUGAUGUUUGUCAUGGAGGGAAUCUUUAGGACCUUCAGUCUGUUUGGUUACAAAGGCGAUGAGGUUAUCACCGGGACCAAAGAAAAUGGUAUUUUAGACUUCAAUAUACAGAUCUAGAAAAACAAAGUAGCAUUCAGAUUGGUUCAUAUGUCUCGCUCUAACAAUCUUUCAUGCUAACAUGACCAAUCCUUAGAGCUUAAAUGAAAUUCAUUUUUAAUAAAGUAAAUUGAAACUACAGAUCAUUAUCAAAUCAUUUUUUGAGCUAUUCUAAAAGCGUUUUUAAUUAUGAUUUUGCUGUGUUUAGCCAAAACCCCCCCAAAAAAACAGUCAUUUUGUAGGACAUAGUUUCUGCAGAGUGGCAAGAGUUCAUUAGAAAUUCGCCCCCAAGGUGUGGACGGGAACGUUGGUGCAGAUCAACCCCACCCCCACUUCCCAUCGCCCAGAACUGAGAGCUCUCUUUGGAGCUCUCCAACUGUAUAGCUUUGAUGAAGCUAGGAUGAAGAAAACAAAGACGUCCAUGGAUCUAGUUGUCUACAAGUGGAUGCAUCGGAAUGGAGCAGAGCAGAGAGCUUGUGGUCCCCCAUCAUGUUUUCUUAGCAACAAAUACAUGUUUUCCUGAUUUUACAAAAAAAGUUGAACCAAAAAAUACCCAGAAAUGCAAUUUUAUGCUUCAUUUUUUUCAAUAAAUGUCCUCCAACAUGAGAAAAAUACCACAAGAACAUGCUAAAAACACGACUUUUAUUAGAGUGGGUCUUGAAAAGUAUUUAUGAAUAAAGUUUGAUUGAUUAAAUGGUUGAUUGGUUAAACAUAGAAGAGAAUACAUAAACAUUUGUUUUAAAUUUCUUUAAAUUCACUCAGAAAGGAGAAUAAUUCUUCCUUAAAGAAAAGAAGAGAAAAAAUUACCCACAAAUCCUUGCUGGAACUACUUGGCUCCAUCUGACUGCUCCUUAUCCUACAGAAUAGGUUAAAAAAGAAAUAAACACAGCUGUUACUUUCUGCAGUCUGGAGUUCUAUCUGAUGAGUAAACGGGUGUAUACAGUGAAGAAGUUAUUUUUUUUAAUGUGUUGACAUGUUUUUGUGUCAUUUUGCCUUUCAUUUUCCACUCAUCCCACUUCCGCUUGGGACAAAACCCCUAUUUUACAAAAAGCUUUUGCUAGAAUCUGUACGAUUCUGUAUGGGCUCACAGCCAUAACUACAGCACAUCAGCUUUCAAGUUUUGCUUCAUUUUUACAAGAGGGUGUCACUUGUACAGUCUAGCACACACUCACUCCUAGGCCUUACUGUACAUAUGUGAGUGUUCUGUAAUAUACAAGCUUGUUUAGUAGUGUUUUAAUUCCGAUGCAGAGCUGCAGCAUCCCGCCGAAGGUCAUAAAGCGUUCACUGAAGGGACAGCUCGUGCUCUCUUCGGAUAUUCAGAUUUUAUGAAGAGGUAACACAAACCAUAACACCCUGAUGACCCUGAAUGUUGUCAGAUUGCAAGUUGCAUGCGGCAGAAAAGUCUGUCCCUGUACACGAGUCUGCAAGGGGAUAAAAUAGGUUGAUGCACUGUUUUCCUUAUCUUUAUUUGGCUUAAGUAAGGGGGAAAGUUAGCAAAUUAAAAAAAAUCAAAGAUGCACCUCUUUAGCUGUCUCUGGUGCUUCUAUUGGCUGUAUAUUGACAUCAUGUUUUUCCUAAAGAAGCCAAACUUUUCUCCUCUUAUCAUCAGAAAACAGGCAGCAAACUUUUAUACAAAGUUCUCCAGCUAUUCAAGUCCAAGUGUACAUAAUGUAAUAUUUGCUUUAAGCUAAACAGACCAACUUAGACAAACUAUUACUGUACAAUUUGAGCUUUUUUGCAUGUGUCUUUUUAUAAUUGGCAGCUGAGCUCUGUUACAGUAACCAUACAACAGUUCAUGAAGUGUCACAGCCUGCAUGGUGGAGGCUGUUGUCCAGAAGCCGAUUCUGGUGUAUUAUAGUCCACAUGGUUUCAAAUUCAAACAAAAAAAAGGAUUUAAAAAAAAAGAAUUGCACAGUUACCAUGUCAAAUAGACUUUUUUUGUAAAUUGUCAACAGCACAAAUAUUUUGUAUUGUUGUUUGUACCAUUUUAUAUAAAAGAGAAACUGACAAAAAAGUCAAAGAAAAAAAAAUGAACAAAAAAGGGAAAAUUCUGUUGUUUCAAGCGUGUGUUUAUAGUGCCACUGCAAUCUUGGUUUCCAAAUACCGUACAGUACAUGCGCAGCCUUGCAGAUCAGCCUUGUAAAAUAGACGCUGAGCUGGAGGUUCCCUGUCAGCAUCAUGUGUUAUAAAUAAAAUUUACUCCCACCUUUUAAA